UUUGAAGAUAAAAAUAAAAACAGGUUUCGCACUUUUUUUAACCCUCUGGUAGAUCAGCCUCUACCCUGUCGCUUCUCUUACGUCAUCAGAGUGAGACAUGUUUACAGAAGGAUGUCACGUUUUCUUCAUUGUGAAAGUUACUUUUAGGCAGUUUCCCUGAUACUCAAACAGGAUGACUAUGGACAUAACUUUCCUGGGGACCGGGUCUGCGUACCCGUCUCCUCACCGCGGCGCGUCGGCUCUGGUGCUGCGGACGGACGGAGAAUGUUGGCUGUUCGACUGCGGAGAGGGAACCCAGACCCAGCUAAUGAGGAGCCAGCUCAGAGCCGGUCGAAUCACUAAGGUCUUCAUUUCCCACUUACAUGGAGAUCACCUGUUUGGUUUGCCCGGUCUCCUCUGCACUGUGAGUCUCAACACCAACGCAGACCCCCAGCAGAAUCUGAACUGCGUGGACAUCUACGGGCCCCGGGGCCUUCGACACUUUCUCAGGGUGACUCUCGGCCUUACAGGAUCUCAGCUGCUUUUCCCAUACGCAGGCAGGUCCCAACAGCCUUUCAUGAGCUGGAGCCCACUCCUGACCAGUGUCCAGAAGAGGGACGGCUCAGUUUGGAGGUUGAUGACAGCAGAGAGUGGUCCUCUGCACCAGCAGGAGCAGCCGGGCAGGACCAUCUCUCUGGACGCGUCCACUGACUGUUAUCACCUCUUUGAGGACAAGAAGUUUGCCGUGAAGGCCUUCAGGCUCUUCCAUCGCAUCCCUUCCUUUGGUUUUUGCGUUCAGGAGCACGAACGGCCCGGGAGACUGAAAACAGAACUACUUAAGGAACUAGGUCUGAAACCAGGACCCCUCUAUGGGCGGCUUAAGGCCGGGGAGCCGGUCACUCUGGAGAGCGGGCGCGUGGUCCGGCCCGGGGAGGUGCUGGAAGAGGCUGUUCCGGGGAGGAAGGUCUGCGUCUUCGGGGACUGCAGCGCGGCGCUCGGGGAGGGGGCGCUGAGGCUGUGCCGCGGCGCCGACGUGCUGGUGCACGAGGCCACGCUGGGGGACGAGCACCGGGAGAAGGCGCUGGAGCACGGGCACAGCACGCCGGGCAUGGCGGCGGCGGUGGCGCGGGCCUGCCGGGCGCACAGGCUGGUCCUGCACCACUUCAGCCAGCGCUACAAGCCCCGCCCCCCGCAGACGGACGGGGACGGGGACGGCGUGGACGAGCUCAGGAGGCAGGCCGAGCGCGCCCUGCAGAACACCGGAGCAGAGGUCACUCUGGCCGAGGACCUGAUGACCCUGUCCAUCCCUCUGAAACGACCAAGCUAA